GACUGAAGCGUGCGUGCUCUCCCAGAGACGCAGUUUGGCAGCAGAGCAGAGCGCACCGCGGAGCGCGCAGCUCCGACCGGACGCACCUGAGCAGCCAGAGCGGAGCGGAGCGGAUCGACCACCAGCAGUCUACUGGAAACAGUCUCUCACCUGCUCUGAGACACACACACACACACACACACUCACACACACGCACGCAACAUCUGCCACGUCGUCUAUCUCAGAUGGAGAGCGGAACCAGCCUGACGGAGUCUUGUUGUUCAUGUGGAGUCACAUGUCUUCCUCUUUUGUGCGUCUCCUUUAUCCGCGCUCACAUUCUGAGCGUUUAAACGGAGACUUUUAAGAAGCCUUUAAAAAAGUCAGUGCGUCGGCUUAAUUCUACUACAAUGACCCAGAGCAUCUGCGAGGAAAACUUAAAGGCAUGCUGCAUGUUGAGGGCUGCGAAUGCGCGAGCAAGCUGAACCAGAUGGACACGAGCACAACAACACACUGGAGACGUGCUGUGUUGCUGAAUGGGUGACGAGCUCCCAGUCACCUCACAUAACCUGUGAAGCCCCCCUCCCAUCGCAUUGUGCAGGACCGGGUCCCCCGGCAAAGUGGCAGUGAUGUACCAGGAGGUGGCCUUCCUGGCUGGUAGCAAUGAGCACCAGUUCACCACCUUCCACUUCAAACCUGUGCAAAACCCGCAGGAGGUCAAACCCAAGAAGGGUUUGUUCUACAAGCGAGCCCAGCUCCUGCUCCAGCCCCAGCCCCGCCAACAACAGGAUGGAGAUGAGAUCGGUCCGGCUGACGGGGCGGCCAUUAUCAACGUGGGGGGGAUCAAGUACCGCAUCCCCUGGUCCACGCUGGAGGAGUUCCCCCUGACGCGGCUGGGCAAGCUGCGCGGCUGCAGCAACGAGGACGAGAUCAUGGACUUGUGCGACGACUACGACGGCAGCCGCAACGAGUAUUUCUUCGACCGAAGCCCGUCGGCUUUCCGCACAAUCGUCUCUUUCUUAGCGGCGGGGAAGCUGCGGCUGCUGAGGGAGAUGUGCGCCCUGUCCUUCCAGGAGGAGCUGCUGUACUGGGGGGUAGAGGAGAACGACCUGGACUGGUGCUGCCUCCGGAAGCUGAAGCUCAGGCAGGAGGAGUACAAGGAGCUGCAGAGGCUGGAGGAGGAGGAGGCCGAGCUCACCACGCCGCAGUCCUGCGAGGAGAACCAGCAGCCUUCCGGAGGGGAUUCACAGGAGGAGACAAAUACGGGGGGCUGCAUGCGAAGACUGAGGGACAUGGUGGAGAACCCCCACUCGGGCCUGCCGGGGAAGAUCUUCGCCUGUCUGUCAGUGUUAUUUGUAGCCAUCACCGCCGUGACGCUGUGUGUCAGCACCAUGCCGGACCUCCGAGAGGAGGAGGAGAGGGGUGAGUGCUCCCAGAGGUGCUAUAACAUCUUUGUGCUGGAGACGGUGUGCGUUGCCUGGUUCUCCCUGGAGUUCACGCUGCGCUUCAUUCAGACGCAGAGCAAGUGUAUGUUCCUGCGAACGCCUCUGAACCUCAUCGACGUGGUGGCCAUCCUCCCCUACUACAUCACCCUCAUUGUGGACUCUCUGUCAGUCGGAGGGAAAUCCGCGGGCACGGGGAACAACUACCUGGAGAAGGUGGGGUUAGUUCUCAGAGUCCUGCGAGCUCUACGGAUCUUUUACGUGAUGAGGUUGGCCCGCCAUUCCUUAGGCUUGCAGACGCUCGGUCUGACGGUGAGGAGGUGCACGCGUGAGUUCGGCCUGUUGCUGCUGUUCCUUUGCGUGGCCAUGGCUCUUUUCUCCCCGCUGGUGUUCCUAGCCGAGAGCGAGUUGGGCGCCAAGCAAGAGUUCACCAGCAUCCCCGGUAGCUACUGGUGGGCCGUCAUCUCCAUGACGACAGUCGGCUACGGAGACAUGGUGCCCAGAAGCAUCCCGGGCCAGGUGGUGGCGCUCAGCAGCAUCCUGAGCGGCAUCCUCCUCAUGGCCUUCCCCGUCACGUCCAUCUUUCACACCUUCUCUCGCUCCUACUUGGAGCUGAAGGAGGAACAGAUCCGGGCGCUGAGGCAGAAGCCCGACUCGCAGGACAGCACCAAGUCCCAGAACAGCGAAGACUCUCAGGAGACGGACAGCUACCACGGCAUCACAGAGGCCGCGGCCUCGUCCAUGCAGCGGAGGAAGUCUAUGGCGGCUCACAGGGCUGCUGAGAUUAGAGCGGCGUCCAUGAAAACUUAGCGGCUUUGUCGGGUCUGCGUUCGAGCUGCAGCCCCGGGAGGCCGUGACGCCCGGUGCUGGGACUGCCAAGUUGACAAGCUGCAGGAUUGUGAGCAGGGAGGAGAUUUUCUUCCCUGGAGAUUGAGGCCUCUGCUUUGAUCGUGUGAAAGCGCCUUGUGCACCAGAGUGUAUCUGAGUUUCUUAAGUUUUACAGAGGAACUUCAGACGUCUUUUUUUUCCCCACAAAUUUGACUUGAAAAGAUUAAACAGCCGGUCAAAUGAGAUUUAAAAAAGUGACAGAGACAUUACUGACACUGACUGCGAUUCAGACUUGAGAUAAGUCUGAGCAAAAGGGAAAUCUAACACCAAAACAUCACACGUUGUUAUUCAGACCUCAGACUAAUAAUUAAUGUUCCUCAUGUAGCUGCAUUUGAGAGGAUUGUCUGAAAUAAAGGUCUUUGCUGAGAUGUCA